AUGUCCGACACAGACGGCUUAGCUGCCUCGGCGUCCUUCCUCGAGCCACCUGCCAGUGAAGACAACAACGAGGUCGACUCAUUACCCUCAGAACCGGAUUCGGACGACGACACAGCGAGCGAAGAGGAAGACUACGAGGAAUCAGACGCAGAAAGAGAGUGGAAGGAGAGUCUCCAACAGCUGGAACUGCUACUUUCGAUGGUCAUAGUGCCCUACGUGGGCAAGUAUUUUGGACGCAAGUUUGCGUAUUGGGGAUGGAAACAGUUCAUGGAAUGGAAAUACCCCGUUGAAAUUGUCAUCACCAACAAGGCCGCGUUCAAGGGCGUUGGUGCAGUAGAAGCGGCGGCUUCCCUGUGA